UUGCAGGUAUAAUGAAUCAUUUAGCAGAAUACUACAGUGAUGAUGAAUCACCAUUUCGAAGAAAUCCCGAGGAAGAACUAAGCCUGAAUAACAGCGACAAAGGACAAACAGCGAAUGAAAUAAGUAAGGAGAUUCAGCAGAGAGAAGGACGGCGAGAUUCGGAAUACUGGACAGAUGAAUCGGCGAAUGGAAGUUCGUCAUCGAACGCCGACUCGAGUGUCGAAUCCGGAAGUAGGAAGAGCGGAAGCGUUAGUUCAUUACAUCCACCUCCAUCUAAGAAAGCACUACUGAUAUCACCUCCAGAACAUUUAGUGCAAAGCGAUUUCGGUGCAUCAAUAUCUCCAUCGCGGAAUCAAAAUCGAUUAUUCGCUUCGAAAAGUGCACUUUACAUUACACAAAGUCAGACUUCCUUGGUUUCGUACGGUGAACAGGAAGAUGAAGAGGAUCAGUUCGUCAAAGCUGAUCGAAAAGCAGUUGCAAGUAAACAAACAGAGGAGAAGGGAAGCUCGGAAUCAACAAAUCGAGAACCGAAACCACCACCCGGCCACGAAGAUAGUCGUUCACCGGAUGAAAUUGCUGUCGAUAGUGCCGUUGAAGAAGGUUUGCGAGAACUUGAAAGACAACAUAUCGAUCAAAAUCUCGGUAGUUUAACACCAAAAUCAGCGGAAGGAAAUGACAGUCCGCAGAUUCAUGAUGAACCUAUGGAAAUACGAUUGCCACCGUCACCGACCGCAAAAUGCUCCACGGAACUUGAGGCAAGGUUUCGAGGAUUUUUCGAAAAAAAGGCACAGGGAGCUGAUUUGAAUGCAUUAAUACAAAAAAGGCGCGAUUUCAAAAAUCCGUCAAUGUACGAGAAAUUGAUUGAAAAAUUCGAAGUGGAUGAACUGGGUUCAAAUUUUGCACCAUCGGUAUUUGAUCCACACGGUUUCACAAAAGAUUGCUUCUAUGAUCAGAUUUCAGUACUUCAAAAAGAAGCGAUGGAGAAAUACAAUGCUACUGUUGAGAAGAAAACAGUAACCGUAUCUAAUAAAGGAACUGAAACUAAACGGAAAUCACGUUUUGAAGGUGCUAAAAAGUGACUCGAUUAUUGUAUAAUUAUUAUUGGGUCCCAUAAUUCCAUAACACUAGUUCCCGUUUUGUUUGCACAAUUAUCUGAUCAAGUGAUACUUAUGAAAAAUUGAGAACAGGAAAUGUCUUCAUAUAAAUAUGUCUUCAUAUACAUAAUAAGUCUUCAUAUAUAUGUCUUCAUAUUCAUCAAAAUAGUAUUAAGUUGCCUCCAAAUGUAAUUUUAGUAGUUUAUCUCGUUUAUCAUUGAAGUAAACGAUCUUUUUUUAAAAUUCAAACUGGGAUAGGACCGCCGAAUCGUGAACUGGUCCAUAAAAUAAAAGGC